GACGCUUCGUAAUUUGCAUCGCUUCAUGCAAAUAAAAAAGAAUCAAAUUCUAUUCCUUUCCUUUCCUUUCCUUUCUCCCCACAAACGCUGAAGCAACUGCAAAAUAACCACCGUUUCCUUCCAAUCCAGCGAAUCUUCUCCCACCCGACACGGCACAGCAUCCUCUUCCUCUUUGCCCCAUCCACGCCCAAACCCUGGCUAGCCUCCGCGGGAUGGACGAGGACUGGGAGCUCCUCCUCGCGUGCCCCAAGGCCGCCGCCGCGGCCGAGCCGUACGCCGGCGUCGGGGAGGACGACGCCGGCGCCAUCAAGCACGAUUACUUCGACCUCGGCUCCGGCGCCAAGUACCCCAGGAGGGCGUCGUUGUCGAAAGGGGACUCCGAGGAGGAGGAGCUCCUCGCAGACUCCGGCAGCGCGAGCUGGGUGGAGCCGGACCCCGAUGACCUCAUCUUCCCCAGCCGUGACCGCGCGGCGCUGUGGUCGGACUCGUCCUCGGACGGAGAGAAGACCGAGGUCGAGCCGUUCGAGGGGGCCGCGGCGCCGGCGGAGCCCGAGGGGGCGGUGGCGAAGGGAGGAGAAGCGGUGCGGUGGUGGAAGCUGCCGCUGGACGCGCUGCGGGUGUGGGCCCUGCGCGCGGCGAGGAGCGCGUGGUCGGUGCCGUUUGCCGUCGCGCUACUCGGCUUCGCCGUGCUCGGGCGUCGGCUGUACCGGAUGCGGCGCCAGAGCAAGGCCGUCGCGCGCGUCCGCCUCGUCCUCGACGAAAAGAAGGCAUCUCAAUUCAAGGGCCAAGCAUCACGUCUGAAUGAAUCCAUCACGAUGGUGCGGCGAGCUCCGAUCAUAAAGCCUAUGCUUCCUGCCAAUGGAGUGACUCCGUGGCCUGUGCUGGGGCACCUGUGAGAUGUACUUAGAGUUAAUAGUACAAUUACCCCUAGACGCCCAGCGUCACUCGCCUUGCUACUCACUAGCAUUCUAUAUUUCUAUGCAAUGCCAGCGGAUUUACCGGCUACUUGGAGUUUGGAAGUACACAGUUGUGGAAGACCUCGUGAGUUCCCGUUCACGUGGAAUGAUAAUUAGGCCUGCUCUAGUUGAUGUUUCUUUUGUACCCAUGUUUAUAUUUUCUUCUUCUGUAGCCUUAUUUCAUCUUAUGUGCUUAAGCAGCGUGGAUGUAUAUUACUGAACUACCAAUAGCAGUGUGGAUGUAUAUGACUAAAGUACCCAUAAAUCAUUACGAGUGGAAAGUUAGAAACUA